AUGUCAAAUCUGAUCUCAAACUGUCAGGUCAGCUAAUUUUCCAUGAAUGAUUUCAUUUCAUGAUAUUGUGUGAUAUUAUUUUUUUGCCUAACCUUAUCAAUGUUCAAGACGCCUGUAAUAAUGAAUAUUGCUCCUGGAUUAUUGUUGAACUGUUUAUAAACAAUACCUAUAGGGCCUGCGGGCUCCGUGCGCAAGAUGUCUAACGACACAGCGGAAGCUCCAAAAGCCGAGGUCGUGGGGGAGAACAUCACCUCGACAGUGGAUCAAACGCGGCGCGAAUUGGAGGAGCAAUUUAACGUUCAGCGGGCGAAAAUGAAAGAGUUAUUUUUACAAAAAGAAGAAGACAUGCGCAAGAUGAUACAGGAGAAGGAGCAGCUGCAGUCCGAGGUGGUGGGGCUCCGAGAGGAGCUGGCCCAGCUGGAGAACCUCAGCCAGAACCAGCGCAGUGAGAUACAGAACCUGCAGCUACUGGUCAGCGAGACCCUAGAGGUGUCAUCGUCAGGGUCGGAGGAGGUGCAGCGGCUGCGGCACAGGAACCUCGAGCUGGAGCAGCUGCUGCGACAACAGCAACAACAGGAGCUGUCGCUGGCGCCCGCCACGUUCGUGCGCUCGCUCGCGCGCAAGCUCGGCGCGGAGGCCGACGAACAGCCCAACAAGAAGCAAAGCUCAGAGGAGGGCGAGCUGCAGUCCAUCAUUCAGCCUCUGAAUGACGAGAUCGCGGCCUUGAAAACCAAACUCAGGGACACUGACACGCAGCUGCAAGAGGCAUUGAAAGAGAAAUCAGCGGCGGCUGGCAGCACCGCGCCCGCUGGCGUGCCCAGUGGAGACAAGGCUGAGAAACUAGAAGCGACCGCGCGCGCGCGCGCAUGCGACAUGUGCGCCAACUACGAGCAGCAGCUUGUUGGCGAGCAAGCUCGAGCUGACGCCGCGCGGGACCGCGUCGCCGGGCUCGAGCGCGCGCUCAAGCUGGCGACUGAGGAGCUGGAAGGCGUGCGGUCCCUGCACGACGAGACCAUCGGCACGUGGAGGGACGAGAGGGCCGCCUCGCAGCAGCAGCUGGAGGCGCUGGGGGACGCUGUGGAGCAGUGCAAGGCCGUGCUGGCCGCUCAGGUGUCGGCGGCCGCGCAGCGCACGCAGCAGGCGCUGGCGCACGUCACGGAGCUGACGGUGCAGCGAGAGACGCUGCAGAAGAGGCUCGACGCGUUAGAAAGAGACAAUGAAAUGUUAAAAGGUUCCUAUAUGAAGAAGGCGAUAGAGAUGCAAAACGAAAUUAUAGAUCUGCCGGACAAUGUCGAGGAGUUACAAGAGCAUAUCCUGCGGGUCCGUGAACAGCUGAUCUUCAGCCAGAUCGGGCGAGAAGAAGCCGCGCUCGGGGAAGAAGAGCUCCGCACUCAGCUGCUGGACAACGCGGCCAGGUUCCGCACGCAGGACGCUGCGCUGGCGGCCGUCACGGAGAAACUGAGGCAGGCCAGACAGCAGCUGGAGCAGGCGGAGGCCGAGCGCUCGCAGCUGGCGGAGCUCGCGGACAAGCUGCGGAGCUCCGGCGACAUGAUCGAGGCUCUACUCGCGGACAAGAAUCGUCUCCAGAGCGAGUGCGGCGAGCUGCGGACGCGCGUGUGCGCGCUGCAGCAGGAGCUCGGCAACAGCGAGAGGGUGCAGCAGGACUUCGUGCGCCUCUCGCAGUCGCUGCAGGUACAACUGCAGCGCAUUCGCGAAGCCGACACGGAAGUGCGGUGGCAGCAUGACGAGGACGUCAAUGAGUGUCCGUCCUGCCAUGUCAACCUGCCCAAUGUCAAGAAGAAGGUGCACUGCCGCCACUGCGGGCGGAUAUUCUGCGCGUCGUGUGUGUCUCACUCCGUCCCCAGCGGGCCCCGGGGCGCCCCCGCCCGCGUGUGUACAGUGUGCCGCACGUUGCUGCAGCCCCACACGGCGCCCUACUUCAGCACGGAGCCCCCGCACUCCCCCGACUAGAGCCCGCGUGUGUACAGUGUGCCGCACGUUGCAGCAGCCCCACACGGCGCCCUACUUCAGCACGGAGCCCCCGCACUCCCCCGACUAGAGCCCGCGUGUGUACAGUGUGCCGCACGUUGCUGCAGCCCCACACGGCGCCCUACUUCAGCACGGAGCCCCCGCACUCCCCCGACUAGAGCCCGCGUGUGUACAGUGUGCCGCACGUUGCUGCAGCCCCACACGGCGCCCUACUUCAGCACGGAGCCCCCGCACUCCCCCGACUAGAGCCCGCGUGUGUACAGUGUGCCGCACGUUGCUGCAGCCCCACACGGCGCCCUACUUCAGCACGGAGCCCCCGCACUCCCCCGACUAGAGCCCGCGUGUGUACAGUGUGCCGCACGUUGCUGCAGCCCCACACGGCGCCCUACUUCAGCACGGAGCCCCCGCACUCCCCCGACUAGAGCCCGCGUGUGUACAGUGUGCCGCACGUUGCUGCAGCCCCACACGGCGCCCUACUUCAGCACGGAGCCCCCGCACUCCCCCGACUAGAGCCCGCGUGUGUACAGUGUGCCGCACGUUGCUGCAGCCCCACACGGCGCCCUACUUCAGCACGGAGCCCCCGCACUCCCCCGACUAGAGCCCGCGUGUGUACAGUGUGCCGCACGUUGCUGCAGCCCCACACGGCGCCCUACUUCAGCACGGAGCCCCCGCACUCCCCCGACUAGGGUAAGCUUAUGAAAUAAAUGAAAUCUAAUUAUACGUCAAUUUACAAAAGCGUAUACAAAACUCGUUAAUGGAUUUGAAGGACGAUAUAGAUUAUUUUUAUUGUUAAUUUUUUUCUUAAAUUAUUUUUCUGACACUAGUGCUAUCUCAAAAUACUGGAAUAAUGAAAUGGGAACUUUUUUUGUAUAAAAAAAGUAAUUUAAAUUGACAUACUUAACUGUUCCAUCUCCUGAUACUGGAAUAGUUUUGACACUUAGCGAACGCAUCAUCCUGAGUUUUAAAGUAUACAAUGUUGAACAAAAUACUAUAAAUACGUGUUGAGGCCUGUCUUGAACUUAACAAAAGUAUAUAGCAAAAACCAAGUGAAUGUGAUUAAUAUCUGCAACUUGCGAAGGUUCUAAGACGUUACGGAAAUGUGCCUUCACGUAUAAUGGUGUGAACUAAAUGGUUUUACGAGGCACCGUUCUACCAGCCAAGUUUUUCGUCCAUUAUUAUUGUCUAUCUCUUUCAAAUUACGUGAUUACGAAAGAGACAACAAUAUUAUUGGGCAAUUCGUUUGAGAGUUGGAAUGGCGCUAUUAUGCAGUUUACAUGCUUGACAAACUUCACGGCAGAUCGACGUACACUUCCUAUAAAAAUACUAAGUCGCGAUUUAGUUCAUAAACUCUUGUGACAGUCUUGUGUGACCUAACAAUAGGUCUUUCGAAAAUCUCGAUAGCGGUGUGAACACCAUACGAUAGUAUCGACAACAAUAUUAUUACUAUUGGUUAUUGUUUUUAUCGUUAUUCUAGAACGAUUGUAUCGAAAUUAUAUAUAUCCUAUAGCUUGUUGAUACUAUGGAUUUAGUGACAGUGGGCUAUCGAGAUAACUACAUUGUCGAUGAGAUCUGACGGGGUUUGCCGAGCAUGUGCGCCCAGCUUUACGAUCAUAAAGUGAAAAUAAUGUGUAAGAACAAGAAAUAGUUAACGUAGUUAGUAAAUACCAUUUGAAUCUUCAGUAAAAACGAAUUUUAACCGAAGAAUAGUUGUUUAUUUGCUACAUAGAAUAUACUUGUAGUAUAUGGGUCUUAUUAUUGUGUAGUACAAAGCUACCUACGGUUUUGCGUUAUAUUAUAACUGUACAUACUACAUUAUAACUCAGUCAAUUAAAGAAGGAAACAACUAAUGGUAUCGAUCUGAUUUAUAUCAUAGAUAGAGAUUAUCUGAGAGUGUUCCCAAAUUUAUUCACGGCUAUGACGCCUGGAAGCCCGACGAUUAAUAAAUAAACUUCGAUAUUCGACGUCAGCCCACUUUGGGAGUGCUGUUGUUAUUACAGGUUUUUUAUUCUUUAGUAAAGAUAAUAUAUUUUGCAGUGGUCCUAGAAGUUAGGGCGGGAACCACACACAGACGAUUUUACUUACCUCGUACACAAACUUUAUUUUUAACAACUACCAAUUUUAAUCCCUUCUUUAAUUAACAAAGUUAUAUUAUACUAGAGUUAACGUAAGAUCUGACUGUGUUGAAAUUCGUUUCUAGUGACGUCCUGUUCCCGUGAUAUCUAAUAAGUAGGUAUUAGUGUAUCCAGCAAGAGUAUGUUUCAACCUUCUCAAGUUUUGUAUUUUAUUGCAAUAUUGUUUUGUUAAUCUGUCAAAUGUGUUACUUGUACAACGGAGCAGUUCAGCCGCUCACUGACAACAAGUUUGGCACCAAAAACAUUAUUUUUAAAUCGACUUUUUAAGCCUUUUACAGAAUAGUGUACUUUGACGCAAUAUUACUUUCAACGCUUUUAUGAAAAGAAGUCCACUAUUGGACAAAACACGUAGAUGUUUUCAUUUGUUUUCCGUUGAAUUUCCUUAAUUUGUAUUGGGCUUAAAAAUAGUUCACUGAUAAUUUGUAUUAUGUUAUUUAUUGGUGCUUUGCGUUCUUCAUAUGAUACAUAUUGUGUAUGUACAAAUGGUGUUAUUUCCUUUGUGUAAAGUUUCGGCUAGCGAAUAGACAUAAGUUGUAACAUAACAAAGUUUAUUGUAAAUAAAAGAGCUACACGAAUAGUAAA